UUCAGUUCAGUAGACAAAUUGGUUCUGCGUCGACAACAUCGUUUUACCGGCGGAUUAAUCGUCUUACCUGUUGUAUUUGUCCACGAAAUCUUCACAUCCUGAAAAUGCUGGCCAUUCGAGGAGCACUGUUUUCCACUGCGAAGAACUGCAGCGCCGUGCUGGGAUGCCGCAGCAAGCACACGCUGCCAGAUUUGCCGUACGAUUUCGGCGCUCUCGAGCCGGUCAUUUGCCGUGAAAUCAUGGAGCUUCACCACCAGAAACAUCACAACGCGUACGUCACGAACUUGAACGCCGCGGAGGAACAGCUGAAGGACGCGGUAGCGAAGAACGAUGUUUCGAAGAUCAUUCAGCUGGGCAGCGCGAUUAAGUUCAAUGGCGGUGGCCACAUAAAUCAUUCCAUCUUCUGGAAGAAUCUCUCACCCGAUCGCACCGAUCCGUCGGCGGAAUUGCAGAAGGCACUGAACCGCGAUUUCCAGAGCAUGGAAAACUUCAAAAAGGAAAUGAAGGCGGCCGCCGUCGCCGUGCAGGGUUCCGGAUGGGCCUGGUUGGGCUACAACAAAAAAUCAAAGCUGCUUCAGGUUGUGGCCUGCCCGAACCAGGACCCACUGGAAGCCACGACCGGACUCGUACCACUUUUGGGUAUCGAUGUUUGGGAGCACGCCUACUAUCUGCAGUACAAAAACCUGCGACCCAACUACGUCGAUGCCAUCUUCGAUGUGGUGAACUGGAAGGAUGUUUCUGAGCGAUUGGCAAAAGCACAGUAAAUGCAUCGCACAUCAACGCAUUGCGUUUUAAAACAGAAUUCAAGCUGCUAUUUUGUAGAAGUGGUGCGUACGCUGUCUAAAAAUGUAACCAAAAAUAAUAUGCUAUUUCGAGCUAGCAACUGUUUUCAAUAAAACAGAAUAAUUAUCAUGCCUUUGGAAA